AUGGAAGUGAAUAUGAUCAUAAUUUUCGUUGGACAAGCUUUUACGGCAUAUGAAAGUGCUUCAACACCGAGCCAGGGAAUAUUUAGUAAAAUUGUGGCAGCAACCGAAGAGCGCCCGUGGUUAUGGGCUGUAUAUGUGCUUGGAAUCCUGGUUCCUGUUAUCAUUAUUGCCAUCGUUUGUUUCGGACGCAGAAGUUCCUCCGCUGCACCGGAUUAUAAGAAAACUGAUGAGCCACAACCCGAUGACGAUGUGCCGGACCUUGUCGGUGACGACGAUGAAUCGGCGGAGCACAGUUCCCAUGAGCCAGACGCAGUCGAUGUGAAUAUGAGUAAUAUGCAGGAGAAACGUACGUCCUCUCAGUCGCCUGCUCGUCGUAUACAUCGCGAUGGGGUACGUCCAGUUUAUAGAAUGCAACAGAAGAAAAAGUUAGUGACGCAUCAGGUGAUGACAUUGGCAAGGGCAGUAAUGACGAUGAACACAGUUCGCCUAAAGUUAGGCGCGUACGCCAAAGGCGGCAAGACUAGGAACAGUCUGUGCAGUAAGCGAGCUAAACCGUCAGUGCUUCAGAUUUAUUUCGUUAUGGCAAUCGGUUUGUUAAUUACCCUUUUCUCUUUCCCGGCUGUUCCUCCCGUCCCAUCCUCUCCUCCCCUCCCCUUGUCUCUCUAUUCCCGUCCCCCACCGUCCUGUGGAUUUUGCUGUUUUUUUUUACAGAAUGCUUUUUUGUAUUAUUCAUUUUUUUGCUUCUGGUUAUGGCAUGUUGUUCCCCAUAUAUCGUUAGUCCAAGUUUGUUCCAAUAAUGAAAGCUGA